GUGUGGAGGCCGGUGGCAGCGAGGAUGGAGGGCGGCGGUGCCCCACGAGGGACUGGCUGCUGAGCGGGGGGCUCUGGCUGUGUUCUGAUCUGCUUUCUUAAGUGAGCUGCACUGUGUGGCUGGAGUGAGCGUUCAAUAAUGAGUGGUGCAGCGUUGGGCCUUGAGAUAGUAUUUGUCUUUUUUCUGGCCUUAUUCCUACUUCAUCGAUAUGGAGACUUCAAGAAACAACAUAGGCUGGUGAUCGUAGCAACAUUAUUGGCUUGGUAUCUCUGCUUUCUUAUUGUAUUUAUACUGCCUCUGGAUGUCAGUACGACUAUUUAUAAUCGGUGCAAACUUGCUGUCAACUCCAGCCCUGCAGAAGGUAAUGGCUCUUACGUUACUCUUGCUCCAAGCAAGCAAAAAUGUUUCAAACCAUGGAGUUACAUUCCUAAUGGAAUUAUGCCAAUUUUCUGGCGUGUUGUAUAUUGGACGUCACAGUUUUUAACGUGGAUUCUGCUACCUUUCAUGCAGUCAUAUGCUAGAUCAGGAGGCUUCUCCAUUACUGGAAAGAUUAAAACUGCAUUGAUUGAGAAUGCAAUCUAUUAUGGCACUUACUUGCUGAUUUUUGGAGCAUUUUUAAUAUAUGUGGCUGUAAACCCAAACUUCAGUUUACAAUGGAACCAACUUCAGACUAUUGGGAUAGCUGCUGCAAACACAUGGGGUCUCUUUCUUCUUGUGUUGCUUUUGGGUUAUGGUUUGGUGGAAAUUCCCCGUUCUCACUGGAAUGGGGCCAAGAGGGGUUAUCUACUCAUGAAGACCUAUUUCAAAGCUGCCAAACUGAUGACUGAAAAAGCGGAUGCAGAGGAGAAUUUAGAGGAUAUUAUGGAGGAAGUCCGUAAAGUAAGUGAGAGUAUCAAGUAUAACCACCCUUUGAGAAAAUGUGUUGAUACAAUACUGAAAAAGUGUCCCACUGAGUACCAGGAAAGAAUGGGUAGGAACAUGGACGAUUAUGAAGAUUUUGAUGAAAGACAGAACAGUUAUCCAAGUGAAAAAAGUUUGGUCAAACUUCACAAGCAGGUAAUCUAUUCAGUACAGAGACAUCGUCGUACACAGGUUCAGUGGCAAAUUCUUUUAGAACAAGCGUUUUACCUAGAAGAUGUGGCAAAAAAUGAAACCAGUGCAACUCGACAGUUUGUUCAUACCUUUCAUUCCCAGGAACCAGAGAAUAAAAUUAUUCAGUAUUUCUACACACCAACUGUUGAGUGGUACUGGGAAUGUCUUCUACGACCAUGGUUUUACAGAGUGCUUGCAGUUGUUCUGGCCACGUUCUCUGUAAUUGUUGUGUGGUCAGAGUGCACAUUUUUCAGCACAAACCCAGUUUUAUCACUGUUUGCAGUUUUCAUACAGCUGGCAGAAAAGACAUAUAAUUAUAUAUACAUAGAGAUGGCCUGUUUUCUUACCAUCUUUUUCCUAAGUAUCUGUGUUUAUUCUACUGUCUUCAGGAUCCGUGUAUUUAACUAUUAUUACUUAGCUUCACAUCAUCAGACAGAUGCGUACAGUCUCCUUUUCAGUGGCAUGUUGUUUUGCCGUCUUACUCCACCAUUAUGCUUGAACUUCUUGGGCUUGACCCAUAUGGAUGCAACAAUCUCUCACAAAAACACUCAGCCAACUGCUUAUACGUCUAUAAUGGGAUCCAUGAGAGUGCUGUCCUUCAUUGCAGAUGGAUUCUAUAUAUAUUACCCAAUGCUUGUUGUCAUUCUCUGUAUUGCCACAUACUUUAGUUUAGGAACUCGUUGUUUGAAUCUUUUGGGAUUCCAGCAGUUCAUGGGGGAUAGCGAAAUGACCUCUGAUUUGAUUGAUGAAGGAAAAGAGCUAAUCAGGAGAGAGAAAAGAAAGCGACAAAGGCAGGAAGAAGGUGAAAACAGAAGAAGGGAAUGGAAGGAGCGCUAUGGAAAUAGAGAUGAUUCCACUAGAAACAGAGUUGUCCACACAGACCAAAAAGAAUCCAGCUUCUCAGAGACCAAUACCAAUAGACCACUAUCAAAGUAUACCCGAUCAAAUGGUAGGACUGAAAGAGAUAGAAUAGAACUCCUCCAGGAUGCAGAACCUUUGGAUUUUAAUGCAGACUCAAUUAAUGAUGACCCUCUUGAAUCGGACUCGGGAAGGUACCAGCCUGGUGGAAGAUACCUGUCCAUGUCUCGAAGCAAAAUAUUUGAUGAUGUCUAAACUCCUCAAAGCUAAAGAAAAUUCAGUGGAAAUCUGUUUCCUACUUAUUGCUUGGAAAAUACUGUAUUUAUGAUAUAUCACUGAACCAGAAAAGACCAUUUUUGUUUAAAAAAAAGAAUAUGAAGGAACAACUAUUUUGGAAAUGCACCUGUAUGAUAACUUUACUACUUAUUACAAGAAUAUGCUUCUUCUAUUGUAGAUAUUGUUGUGCAUCAGUGUGGGCUUUUGUGUCAUGACCAAAAGGAGAAAACUAUUAAUUAAGUUAAUAGAGGGUAAACUUCAUAAAUAUACCUAGGGCUCAACUUGAACUGUGACAUUGUAAGUUUUAGGAAGAGGAUUUUUUGGAAGGAAUUUUUUUGUAUUUUAACAGAUGCUCUGAGAACAUCUUAAUGCAUCCAAAGUGCAGUUACAUCAAUUACUAUAGUAAACACUUUCUGUAAUUUUUCUGUUUGAGCUUUAUGCCUAGUCCAAAAUCUACUGAAUUCAAUUAAGGCUUCUUUUGGCUUCAGUGGUCUUUGAAUCAGACCCUGUAUAAGCAGAAAGAUUGAAUGGCAGGCUGUUCUUCAUAAAAUCAUAAAAUACAUGUUCCAGUAUUUAAAAGGUGGCUACAAAGAAGAUGGAGACUCCCUUUGUACAAGGAGUCACAUGGAAAAGAUGAGGGGUAAUGGAUACAAGUUACUCCUAGGGAGAUUUGGAUUGGACAUGAGGAAAAUUUUUCACAGGGAGAACAAUCAGCCAUUGGAAUAAUCUCCCCAGGGAAGUGGUGGAUUCCCCAACAUUGGACACUUAAGAUUUGGCUGGACAGGGUGCUGGGCCAUCUUGUCUAGACCAUGCUUUUGCCAGGAAAGGUUGGACCAGAUGAUCCUUGAGGUUCCUUCCAACCUGGUAUUCUAUGAUUCUAUGAAAUUUGGUGGCAUAAAUUUUGGAGCAAGGUGUAUUGGUCAAGAAAGGCUAUAUUUUUUCUUUUGCAGCAUUAUAUGCAGAUAAAUGAUUUUAGCAUGUGUAAAUAGUUGAAAUGGAAUAUGGACCAGAGUUUCACUGUCAUAUGAGCAUAUCUGCAAUGGCCAGAAUACAUCAUCAAAGAUACGAUGUUUGCUUAAGAUUUUUACAGUUUUAACGGUUGAAAAUCCUGGCACACUAGUGUUUUUGUAGCUGUAAAAGAAAUAUAAUGUGAAAAUUGAGUUAAAUGCUGAAACAUUAUAAUUUGCACACACCUCAGGCACGGCUUCAAAUUGUAGAGUAUUUCUUUAAAAGAAGGGAAAUACAUAGCAUGACUAGAUAAUGGUAAACACUUUUACUGUCCCAAAUGCCCUGUUUGCAUUAUGUAUCUGUUUUUAAGGUGCCUGUAUUUUGCAAUAAGUUGUUGCAAAAAGAAUAAUGCUUAUUCAUUUGAAUACCAUUCAAAAAUGCCAAUUAUUAACAGUGUAAAAAAGCUUCACAUUAAUUUCAUUGAUGUAGAUAUAUUUUUAAACUGUAGUUAGUUGAAUGAAUUUUCAAAUGUAAUCAUAAGGUAAAAGAUGUGGUCAAAUUCAUGAUAUCUUUGGAAAUUUGAUUAAUUUAAAAUGUUGCUUUAUCGCAGUUUGUCUUAAGGCUUUACCAGUUGGGCAUUUUCUUAUGUGCUUAUUGCAAAGUUAUGUUGAAAACUGAAAGAGAACAUGUUUCUAUCAUAAAUUCUUUACCAUGCUUAAAAAAAAGACCUCCGUUAAAGCAGCUAGGAGUGAGUUAUUCUGAAAAGUAAAUUUUCAUGAAUGAGGUGUUCUACUAAUUUUUAAAAAUAGUCUUUGUUUUCUGAAGUAAUUGUUAAUGGGAAUCUAACUACCUCCUGUGAUUUAGUACAUCAUGUGUUCUAACAGUAGUGGUAUUUGUAAUAUAUUGAUCUGCCUGUUUUAAAACACUGAGUUGUUACUAUGGAGAAAAAAAUACUCUAUUUGUAUAGAAAUAAUUAUAUUAAUAAAUUGGCAGACAUAAAAUAAUCAUCCGUUCUGUUCUUAGGUGAAUACACUGAACGACAGCCAUGCCCAUAUGUACUCAAGCUCAUACAAUUUCCAGAUUACCUGUAAGAGGGUGCUUUUUUAAUUUGGGUAUUUUGUGUAUUGUAAAAGCUUCAUCAGAAUCUUACGGCUGUAUCAGGGACUGGAAGUUGAGAAAAUGAGACUCUUUUUAUUCAGAUUGUUCUUUAGCAACUUUAAGUUAGCACCUAUUUAAUUUAUUUUAGAUCUACUUAGAAAUGUUACCCUGAAUUCAGCCUUAUAUGAAAGGGGUUGUAUAUGUUCUUGGACAUCCAUCCACAUGAAUGUUCUUAGACUUGAUAUUUCUAUUUUUAAAAUUUGUAUCUUAUUUAAUUGCCCAAAAGUUUAUUUGUAAAAAUCUUUGGAUGAAAUAAGGUUCAAGUUCUUUGUAUAACUCUUGAAAUUACACACUACAAAGGGAUCUAAUUCAGUGCUAAUGGAAAAAUUACAGAAGGAAUGUUUGUUUUUCUGAAUGCUUGUGAAGUAUCCUUUCCUAGCCCCUGCUGACUUCAGAGAGUUGGAUUGAGCCUUCUUGGGGCCUGGUUUUUCCCAUCUCAGAAAUCAGUGGAAUGACUGCAAACAGAAUGUUCAGUGGGAACUUGGUCAGGAUUUUAUAUACAAAAGCUAACUAGUCCCUGGUGUAAGCCCUCUGUGCAGUUUUCAUUGGGAUACAAUAAUUCGAGGAGUUGACUGUAUAAAUUAAUGGCAGUGGGAUUUCAGUUGCUAACAUAGAAAUUCUGAGCUCAUUGAGGUGGGAAUCCACUGACCUUUUUUUGAUGUUGAAGUGGAGUAAUAGAGUAACCAAUGGCUGCUUUUUGAAAGCAUGGGAAUUAGAGCUCUGAAAAUCUCUCAAGAGUUCUCCUCUGGAUUGCGCUUGGAGAUCCCCAGUGUCACAUGCUUCCUGGAUGCUGGGUGUUUAAGUAAGGAGUUGGUAAGUGAAGUCAGGUUUCAUCCAUAAUGUUCAUUGCUGACCAACAGUUACUCUUGCUCUAAUUAUGUGCAAUUUGUAGGCCAAUUAAUCUACAGUGUGUUUUGAAAAGUAAUUGAGUUCAUAUGACUAAAUCUGGAAGACUUUCAAUAAAGAAAUAUAGAGUACAACUCUAAAAGUACAUUGUAGAAAUAAGGGAUAUGCCUGCACAGCAUUUGCUGCGUGCUUGAACUAGUUUGGUUACUGCUAGUACAAAUAAUGCAGAACUUGCUUAGGGGCUACGUGCCUAAGGAUUUACCCCACUCCACAGAGGUGGUAGAUGCCCAGUCCUUGGAAACAGCCACGGUCAGGUUGGACGGGGCUCUGAGCAGCCUGAUCUAGUUCCAGAUGUCCCUGCUCAUUGCAGGGGGGUUGGACUAGAUGACCUUGAAAGGUCCCUUCCAACCCAAACCAUUCUAUGAUUCUGUGAUGAUUCCCAGCCAGAUUGUGGCAACUCGUGAUGAGCUCUUUGCUACUAUAGCUGUAGUCCUAACAGUACCACAGCUAAAAAAAGUUAAAACUAGCUUUGAUAUAUUUAAGCAGCGACUGUACUGUAGACUAAUGGUGUUCUAGCAUCACAUUUGAUGCUCCAGAGUAGGUGAUUUAGAAUACAACUGCCUUGCAAACUGUGCUUUUGGGAACUGAAUGUUGGCUUAUUUAUUCUGUCAGUAUAUAGUUGUAUUUAUUUGCAGCUAAAGAAUGUCCAUUCUGUAUUUCUUUAUUAUUUCACUUUCUGAAUUACUGAGCAGUUAGGGUAUACUUCCAUUUCAUCAUAAUUUCCGCAGUUUCCUCUUCAGCUGUGAACACCAAAAAACCCCUGAAACUCCAAAAAACCCACCCCAGUUAAGUACAAAUGUUUGAAUAUCUUCAUGUCAAAGAUUUUAACCAGUGAAAAGAAUCCAUGCAAGUUGUAAUGAACUUUGAAAAGCAGAAGUGAAAACAGUAGCUACUUCAGUACUGUGUCAGUGCUGGACUUCUUCAAAAGUAUGGAUAGCAAAAAGCUCUAAUCAAACUUACUACUCCUACUAGAUUUGUAGUUCUGUUUUUUCAGGCAUUUAAAAAUAUACAUAUUCUGAUAUCUAUAUUGGGAAAUGAGUCCUCUGCACUCCGCUUAAGAAAGGUGCAGCUCUUAGCAGUGAAGGAAAGUGAGGAGUCUUUUUAUGAGGGAAAGUAAAAGAUAUGCAACUUCUAGUCUGUGCUAAUAGUGACACUUUUGGCAAGCUAUGAUAUAUUUUAUUAUUUAGGUACGAUAACAUGUUAAGAAACAACAAACUUUAUACUGCUGUAACUUACACUACUGGAAAAAUCAUGGCAUAUAAUCUGCCUUUAUUUUGCAAUCAAGCACUUGUAAAGUAGUCGUUAACAGUAUUAAUGGGAAUGGCAGAAAGCUGCUAUCUUUUCAAUAUUUAUUCUUGCUACUUUAAAACAUAACCAUGACAAUGAUUUUUAUGUAUGAAGUAUUAAAUUGAUUACUCUGAUUUUCUGUAAUUAUGAGAAUUUGUAUUUUAUUAAAUUUAUUUUGGAAUACUGUAAAUGUUAUGUGAAAAAUACAAUACUUUGUUCCAAUUUUCAUUAUUGCUGUAAUUACUUGCAAUCUGAAGGGCAUUUACAAUACCAAAUAGUGAUCACUUUAUGAAGGAAAACUUUUUAUGAGGCUUCUUAAAGAAAUCUGACCUAUUCAUUACAGCCAAAUAAGUGCAUCUUAAUUAUUAACAAAAACACUACUUAGGGGAUAUCUUGUCUCGUAGCUUUUCAUUUUUCUUUAAGAUUCAGAAAAUGGUUAAUUUUUCAGAGCAACUUAUUUGUGAAUCUUGUAAACUUUCUGAAACUUUUACAUUCCUUUUCCCUAAUGGGCUCUGCAGGAAUAUGUACUGCUUCAUGGCAGUUCUCUAAUACUAGCUGUGCCUCUAAUUAAGUAGUCUAGUCUGAAGCUGAGACACUCCUACACCAUUUGAUUAUGUUAAUAGGCACCCAGCAUUCCUAUCAAAGAAGCACCUUGAACUAGAUCCCUUUCUAAUACAUUAAUUGCUGUCAUUAUGUUGUAUUAUAUUUGGUAUCUUCUGUUUCAGUCAUAUGGUGAGCCCAACCAGGUUUAUUCUUUGUUUCUAUUAAAAUACACUGGAAUGUAUUCCUCAGCAUGCUUUUGUGUGUGUGUGUGUUUUAGUUGUAAUUGGCAGGCAAUAAUGAUACACAACUUCAGUUAUUUCUUGAGGAUAACAUUGUUACAUUUGACAUAUUCCUGUGAAUUAUAAUAGUUUCAGAGUGAUAGCUUAGCUAUCACGGUAGAAAUUAAUUAUUUUCUAUAGAAAUACCUUACAUUUCUAUAGAGGUGUCUGGAAGAUAAGGGAAUUAAUCUGUAAGCAUAGAUUUAGUAAUAGAAGAUCUGCAUUCUCCGGUGUAUAUCAGUGAUAGGCUGUAGGAGUGCUGCUUAUGGAUAGACUAUCUUCUUUUGCCUUAUGAUACAAGUAUGUGUGCGUAAUACCUUGUUUUGAAAUUCACUGAGUUAUAAAUUUUUCUCUGUAGUGUUCUAAAUUAUUGUUGUACUGGAUAUAUUUUUGAAAUGUGUGUUAAAAUAUCUAGUCAAAGAGUUAAGUUGGCAUGAAAUAAAUAAUUUCUGCAAUACA